CAACCAUCCAUCCGCCCCCGAUUCAUUGCGAAUUCAGUUGUCGCAGCAGAUUGGUUGGUUGGCCAGCCUCGGCUGCAUCGACCCGGAUUCAGAAAUCCGAGCAAUCAGCUGCAGCUGCAGUGUUGCUGACUGCAUCCUCUGAUCUGAUCUGCUGAUGCGAGCAGCAGCAGCAGCAGUGCAUCAAUAGCUGCGCGCGCGGUGGAUUCAGCCCACCGGACACCGCGCGCCGCGCCCAUUAAAGCCACCAAGGCCCCGUCUUGUCCAGGCCUCGCGCUUCUCCUCCUCCUCUUCCUCCGCCUGCGCCGCCGUGCGAGCUAGCUGCUGCUGCGUGCUCUGCGAUGGCGGGCGUCGGGUCGGCGGUGCGGCGGCUCUACCUCUCCGUCUACAACUGGGCCGUCUUCUUCGGAUGGGCGCAGGUGCUGUACUACGCGAUCACGACGCUGCUGGAGCGCGGGCAUGAGGCCGUCUACGACGCCGUCGAGCGGCCGCUGCAGUUCGCGCAGACCGCGGCCUUCAUGGAGAUUCUUCAUGGUCUUGUAGGUCUGGUGAGGUCUCCAGUCUCUGCAACUCUUCCACAAAUUGGAUCAAGGUUGUUUCUUACCUGGGGCAUCCUGUGGAGCUUUCCAGAGACACAUUCGCAUAUCCUUGUUACUUCCUUGGUCAUAAGCUGGUCCAUUACUGAGAUCAUUAGAUAUUCCUUCUUUGGUAUGAAGGAGGCAUUUGGAUUUGCCCCUUCCUGGCUCUUAUGGCUGAGGUAUAGCACCUUUAUGAUAUUGUAUCCUACUGGUAUUUCCAGCGAGGUUGGUCUAAUCUACAUUGCCUUGCCUUACAUGAAGGCAUCUGAGAAAUACUGCCUUAGGAUGCCUAACAAAUGGAACUUCUCCUUUGACUACUUGUACACAUCUAUCCUCGCCCUUGCUGUCUACUUGCCAGGAUCGCCUCACAUGUUUACCUACAUGCUUGCCCAAAGGAAGAAGGCAUUGUCAAAGGCUAAGGCUGCAUAAUGAUAAUGGUGAUCCUCAAGAGCACUCUUGAAUUGUCAUGUGUGGCUUAGGGAUGUGCCAAAUGGCUCAUAUACUUGCUACUCUUUCCGUAGAAGUUUGUAGAGAGGGAAAUGCUGGAAGCAUCUGCUAUUACAUUGCGCGUCAUUUGUUGUAACUGUAGUGUUCAACCGAGAAUUGUAUGAGCUUUUUACCUGGUUAAUUGAUUAAAGGAUUGAUCUCAAA